CGUUCAAUAUUCUGUGUUACUAAAUUAAGUAAAGCAUAUCGCAGCAGCAGUAGCAGCUGCCUAUAAAUCAAAGCAACAACCGCCGCAUUACAUGCCCCAAGCUAUCUAGUACACUACAAAUGGCGUACUGGAAAACGCUAACUGUUCGGCCGGAUCCGAUGAAAGAGAGAGUGGAUAGCUCUCGGCCGGAUCAGAAAGAGAGAUUAAGGAAAAUGCAAGACUUGAAAGAUUCCUAUAAAUAUGCCAUGAAUGAGGAAUGGGAAUGGGAACGGCUGAAGGAAAAGUUCGAGAAUCAUCCGGAAAAACUGCUCGAUGAAAUGACAGUGGACGGGGACACUGUAUUGCACCUUGUGUCUUCUUGCAGCAGCAAAUCAGGUAAAGAAGUCCUCGAAAAGGUUAUCAAUAUACUCAAUUCAACCAAUGAAAAGAUAAAUGCUCUAAGGUUUCCUAAUAAGUACGGAAACAAUACUCUCCACGAGGUGAGUGUGUCCGGCAAUCAGGAAGCGGCAGAGUACCUGGUGAGCAAAUUCAACGAGCCUGUUCCAGAAGAGGUCAGGAUUAUCAGUACUAGUAGUACUGAUAAAGACAAUUAUGCGCGGAAGCUGCUGGAUCUGGAGGGUCGGGAUUCAGAGAAUUAUGCGCUGCAGCUGCUGGAGACACGGAACUAUUUAGGAGAAACUCCGCUCUUCAGGGCGGCUGCUCUCGGCCACACAGACUUGGUGAAGUUUUAUGCCGACAAACUACAGGAUCAGGAGGACAAUCUUUGGAGGCACUUCCACAGAGAUGACAAAAUGUCCAUUCUUCAUAUCACAGUCGUUGCGCAACAUUUUGAGACAGCUAUUUGGUUACUGGAGAAAUACCCAUAUCUAGCGCUCCUUAAGGAAGACAAAGGAUUGACAAGCCUUCAGUUGCUAGCCCAAAUGCCAACUGCCUUUGACCCAAAAUUUAAAGAAAGCAAAUGGAAGAUGCUUAUUUAUCAUUGUCUUCCCGACGGAGGAAAUGUGGUCACACCAAAUCAGAAGGAUGAUGUGGAGAGCGGCAUGGAUGGCAACCAUCCCCGUCUAUCCAUCUUUCGGAACAAGCUUGCAGUUGUUAUGAAGGCUUACUAUUCAUUAUGGGACUCCCUUGCUAAAGGAAUAGGAGGCCCACAUGAAGAUGUAAUCUACAUGAUAUGGAAGGAGAAGAAAAACAAAAAAUCACUGAAGAAACUCAUCCCAUUGCUCGUCAAGUUGGACGACUAUUCUUUGUUGAUUACUAAUAAGCAACCAAAUAUCAGGACCAUUUCUCUAUGGUCAGGGGAAAAACCUGAUAGAAAAAAGGAAGCAACCAAAUCGGAUACGACAAAUGGUGAUGAAGGAGGUGAAAAGGAAAAGGCGGCUGCAGAUAAGCAUUUCUCUGGGGUCAGGGAGAUAACCCAAUCGGAUAGAUGUAAAAAAGAAGAGGAAGCAACCAAAUCAAAAAAGGAGGCGAAGAGUGAAGCUUACAAAUCUACUCCAUUGCUUAUAGCAACUAUCACAGGAUUUUCAACCAUUGUGAAGGAGAUACUUGAACAGCAUCCUCAGACAGCCGAGCUUGUUAACGAAAAUGAACGCAACAUUUUGCAUCUGGCCAUUAAGAACCGUCAGAAAGAGAUCCUUGAUCUUAUCCAAAGCGAACCAACUCUGUUGUCAAAGCUGAGUAAGAGGAUAGACCACAAUGGAAACACCAUAUUGCACCAGGCUGCGGAUAGAACUUACUACUCUAUAUCAGUGUCUCAGAAAGUAAUAGGCCCUGCCAUGGAAUUGCAAAAAGAGCUGCUCUGGAAGCAGCGUAUAAAAGAGCUGUUACCACCUCAUUACAUCAUGCACCAUAACGACAAUGAUCAGACAGCGGAGGAUUUGUUCAAUGCUGGGCAUGACGAGCUUCUGAAGUCCGCACAAGAUUGGGUAAAAGAAACGGCUCAGUCAUGCUCAACCGUGGCGGUGCUAGUGGCCACUGUGGUCUUUGCAGCCGCCUAUGCCAUUCCUGGGGGUAACAACGAGCAAAGUGGUCGUCCUGUUUUCGAGAACAAUCCUCUCUUUUUGCUCUUUACCAGUAUGGACGUUGUGGCCAUCGCCUGCUCAUUAUCUUCUGUGGCAUUCUUUCUCUCGGUCCUCUCCUCCCCUCUCGAGUACCCAAAUUUCGUUAAAAGCAUUCCUCGCAAGGUCAUGAUAGGAUUCGUCUUUCUCUUCGUGUCCAUGGCAACCACCAUGCUCGCCUUUGCUGCCACUAUUUUGCUCUUGAUUCGCAUCGAGAAAAAAUGGACCAAGUCUCUACUUUACCCUAUUGCCUUUUUCCCAGUCCCUCUAUUCGGCCUGCUUCAGUUUCCUAUGUAUCAAUUUGUCAUAACCAUGUUUCUGAAAAUGGAUGCCUGGUUUUUAAAACCCUUACUCCUCUUCCUUCACCUUCGCAAGAAGAAAUUAAUUUGGGACCAGACUAAGAAGAAAUUAAUUUGGGGCAAGACCAAAGCGCAUUGAAUCACAUACACUUUUCGUCAAAGCACAAUAUAUGGUGCAGAUUCACCGUCUUGCAACAUAAAUAUUUUAUUUAUUGUUAUCAUUUGAAUAUUUCGAAUUUUUCUUAUUUUCUUCCUAUUUUAACAAUGUUAUUGUGUCUUCAUUCACAAGUACGGGCAAUAAGUGAAGAAUAAAGGCUUGUCAAAAAUUGUUGCUAAAAAUUAUGUCUCCUGCAUGCUUUUAUUGAUUUGUAAUCAUCACUACCCGGCCGGGUUCAAACCCUACUCUCUUCUCUUUGCGUAAAUUAAAUAAUGAUAUCGCGGAGAUACUUGAGCGGCGUCCUCAGGCAGUCGAGCAUGUUAACUGUUACGGACGCAAUAUUUUGCAUCUGGCCAUUAAGAACCGUCAGAAAAAAAUCCUUGAUCUUAUCCAAAGCAAUCCAACUCUGAUGUCAAAGCUGAAUAAGAGGAUAGACCACGAUGGAAACACCAUAUUGCACCAGGCUGCGGAUAGGACUUACUACUCUAUAGCAUUGUCUCAGAAAUUAAUAGGCCCUGCCAUGCAAUUUCAAGAAGAGCUGCGCUGGAUGCUGCGUAUAAAAGAGAUGCUACCGCCUCAUUACAUCAUGCACCACAACGACAAGGAUCAGACAGCGGAGGAGUUGUUCAAUGCUGGGCAUGACAAGCUUCUGAAGUCCGCACAAGAAUGGGUAAAAGAAACGGCUCAGUCAUGCUCAACCGUGGCGGUGCUAGUGGCCACUGUGGUCUUUGCACCCGCCUACGCCAUUCCUGGGGGUAAUAACCAGAGUGGUCGUCCUGUUUUCGAGAACAAUCCUCUCUUUUUGCUCUUUACCAGCAUGGACGUUGUGGCCAUCGCCUGCUCAUUAUCUUCUGUGGCAUUCUUUCUCUCGGUCCUCUCUUCCCCUCUCGAGUACCCAUAUUUCGUUAAAAGCAUUCCUCGCAAGGUCAUGAUAGGAUUCGUUUUUCUCUUUUUGUCCAUGGCAACCACCAUGCUCGCCUUUGCUGCCACUAUUUUGCUCUUGAUUCACAUCGAGAAAAAAUGGACCAAGUCUCUACUUUACCCUAUUGCUUUUUUCCCGGUCCCUCUAUUCGGCCUGCUUCAGUUUCCCAUGUAUCAAUUUGUCAAAAUCAUGUUUCUGAAAAUGGAUGCCUGGUUUUUCAAACCCUUAUUCCGCUUCUUUGGCUUUCGCAAGAAGAAAUUAAUUUGGAGGAAGAUUAAUGCGCAUUGAAUCACAUAAAAUUUUCGUCGGAGCACAUGCAAUAUGUGGUGCAGAUUCACCAUCUUGCUACAUAAAUAUUUUAUUUAUUGUUAUCAUUUGAAUAUUUCGGAUUUUUCUUAUUUUCUUGCUAUUUUAACAAUGUUAUUAAUUGUGUCUUCAUUCACAAGUACAGGCAAUAAGUGAAGAAUAAAGGCUUUCACAAAUUGUUGCUAAAAAUUAUGUCUCUUGCAUGCUUUUAUUGAUUUGUAAUCAUCACUACCCG